UAAAUAUAGAGGACUUGAACGAUAUUAGAUGCUGUCAAGAUGGGACUUUUAAAAAUGUAAACUCUGGUGGUAGACAAUCUGAACUUGCAUCAUGGAGGACUGAACUGGUUCCUGGAGGAUUUCAGUUGAACGUCAUCUUGCUGGUUCGUGUGGUCUGUAGGCUUGCCUUGUACGGAAAUGCUACACCAUGAGCCUGUUUGUUGAUCUCAUAGAGCUUGGCCAACACCUGCGGCAGGAGCGGCUCUUCGCUAACGCCGAGCGCGAACAGCUGCAGGGCUUGUACGAGAACGUACGCAAGGUUGGGGACGAACUCUGUCAUGUGUCAUGGAUUGCAAGAGAACAGAAGGUCAACCUCAACACCCUGGUUCUGUUGGGACAUGAGUUGCCUUCCGAGGAGAUAUGUGCUAAAAAUAACCAGCUAGAGAGGGUCAGUUUCAUUGAUAGCUAUAAGCAGUUGAGUCAUCAUGAUGCCAAAUUUGGGGAAUUGUUCAAGUUUCUAAGAGAAAAUCCUUUCUUACUUUCACAUUUAAUUUGUGCUAGUGAAAAGCAGAAUGUUCCGAACACACUUAAAUCUAUCAACGUGAUCAUUUCGGCAAUAUAUGGAAACUGCGUCUUGCAGGAGGAUGAAAUUUAUGUCUUACAGCUCCUGAAGAUUUUAAUUGAAUUGGGACUGGGAAGUAGUGACAACCCUAGGAGGGUGGUCCGACGUGGAAACUCUGCUUUCAGCGUCAUCUUCAAGCAGUUGAGCGAUUCCUUGUUCUCGACACGUCUCUUUCUCACAGCCGCACUGCAUGACCCGGUUAUGAGGCUUUUGAUGGAAGACGAAUGGUUCUACGACAUCGACCCCACGAAAGCUCUAGUUCGUUUUCCAGCAAAAGAGAGGCUGCGUCGGUUCGGAGAACCCGGAACGGAAGACUACAAAACCAAACUUCAAAACUACCGAAAGUUUAUCGUCGAUAAACUGGUCCUGUUAAGCAAUCGAUUCAUCAGCUCCAUUAAAGUGAAUCUUCAGUCAUUCCCGUCAAGCUUGAGCUGGCUUGUCGGGCAGGUCUUUCAGUCGCUGACAAAAUCAACCAAAGUGUCGUCGGGUGAAGCGAGAGCCACAUGUGCAGAUCUUGUGUUUGCCAUGUUCAUCUGUCCCGCCAUCUGUGAUCCAGAGCCGUACGGGAUAACCUCGGAUGUGCCCAUCAGUCACAUCGCACGACACAACCUUAUGCAGAUGGCCCAGAUCAUCCAGGUGCUGGCGAUAUCACAUCCAGAAGAAAUCGACCCCAAAACUCGAGAUCUCUAUGGCAGGUUUGAAAAGGGCUGCAUGUCUUCCUUCCUCGAUGCCCUCGUGGACGGGGUGGUGGAUGAAAUACCAGUCCCGAGCAGCAACCAGCUUCAGAACGCCUCCCGCUCCAUAAUGUUGCUAACCAGGCCAGAACUGGACGAUUUGGUGGUGUUCCUGAAGAAUGGCAGUCAGCAAAUAGACGAAAAGAUCGAUGGGAAAAAGAUGUUGGACGACAUGUUGAUGGAGAUACCUACCAAGAAGAUUUCCCUUUCUGGUGGCAUUGAUACCCUGACCACCCCAGCAACACCCCCUCUGGGACAUACCCCUCCCGGGACUCCAGGCAGCCAGAGAAAACUGUUCAAAAAUAUAAAGAAGAAGAACUCUCUGUCGAACAUUCUCUUGCCUGAAGAAAUGAACAAGGAGGGCGAUGUUGCCGACGGUGAUGGGAAGAACAGGCAGGUUGAUGAGGUGCUCGUCUUGUCGUUCGGAGUUCCCACCGAGUGUCCGGGGAUGCUGUCUGAGAGUAAGAUUUUAUCGUGGGAGCAGGAAAACCGGCGUCGACGUGUGAAAUACAACCCGGUGUUACAGACUGAUAACAGUGUGCAUGUGGUCGGGGUCGAGAUACAGGAGAAGAGGACACGCUUCUCGCUGUCACACGACCAGGAGUCGCUCGGUAAUACCAGUGAUUACCAGGAAGCGAUUUCAGAAGCAGCUUCAAGUCAUUCGUUCGACCAGGACAACGACUUGGAGAAUGACAUCAAUGAUAACUUCUCUGACAUGAUGUCUGCCAACGUGAGUGGUCGUGGUUCCCCGAGCAUCAGUGGGCGUGACACACCCCUGUCUCAGGUGGGCAGUGUGGAGGAGAGACCCCCCACUGAACUGCCCGUGCCCGUACCGGAGACCGUGAGGAAACAAAACAGGGAGGAUGUCACAGAGCGAUUUGGAAAGUUCGAGAUCAAAGCCGAAUUAGAAAAUAUGCUAAAGGAUGACACCAAGUCGACAGUCAGCGACACGUGGAGUACCGACGUUCUGGCGAGCGACUCGGAACCUCCGGAACAAAACCAGCUGGAACGACUCGAAGAGGUGGCUGAAGACAUCGUCAGACCGUUUCUGCUUGUGAGAGAACCACUGGGAGAAAACCCUUUUCCUGGACCCGUGUCUGAGAUCUCAGAAACGGCCAGUGAGUCUGCGUGGAGCACCGACGUUCUGGCCAGUGACACGGAUGACAAGCAGUCCGAGUUACUCACCGACUUGGAACAGGAGGAAAUGACUAACAUUAUGGAGAGGUCAGAUUUGGACAGUAUGGAAGAAACCCCAUUAGCAUCAGGUGGCCACAGCCCGACAGGUGACCGAGACAUGGAGGGUCUGGGCGCAGAAGGUGGACGUGGUGCUGAAUGUGUGCGCUGCAUGGAAUUAACCAAACUCAAGAGUGAUAACUCCCUCGGCCCAGACGAAGAAGAGGUUUUUACCGAUGAACCACACGAGAGAUGUGUUAGCUCCAUCAUAGAGAACUUUCAGCAAAUCAGCCCAUCUUCUCUCCAGGAAAGACACUUGUCGGACUCACUGAAAGCUGCAGAGGGCCGAGUUAAGUCUGUUCUGUUAACUCUUGACCCUCACAGUACAGAAGAGCAUAACAAGGGAGACAAUCUGCGCUUGCCAAAGGAAGUUAAAAAUGUGGGUGCACGACCGAAGGAGUUUGUAAGGAAACCAAAGUACAUAAAGCACCAUCGCGGCUACAGUGCAGACAAGGUAGCUGCGUGGGCCAGGACUAAUGGACCUGAUGUUCCGGCCACCAGUGAUUUAGCCGAUAUGAAUAGUAUUGACACCGAUGACAGUGCCAAGGAUGAUUUCCACGUUUCCCAGACUGAGAUCGUCAACACAGGGGAGGUCUCCAAGGAGAGCGACACCGAUGAAGGGAUUGUCAUGUCGGUUGAUGUGGAGUCAGUCACCGAGGGAAUAGAGUCACUGAAGGUAACCGAGCAACAGAACACCAAUCUGGGUCAGGUGAGAUUGUCAGCAGCUCUGAGCAUGUUUGACCCACUGUCUCCCGAGAUGAACGAGGUUCCUCCCCUGACUGUCGGUGGCCAGGCUCCCAGACUUUCAACAAUGACGACAACACCAGCCCUCACCCCGACCCGCCUCUUCUCUGAGUCGAACGAUCCCGCACAACGAACAAAGAGUGAGAUACUCAUUUCCAUAUCCAAGUCCGAGGAUGUCCAGAGUUUUGUCCGUAAGAGUCACCCUGACAUCACCAUUGAGACACUGCAUGCCUCCAGUCUGAGAAGGGACAGUUCUGACAGCAGCCACUCGGCCUCAUCGUUACAUCUCAAUGACGGGGUUACCAAGGAUUCCAGUGGAGAUAAUGUCUCGCAGAAGUCCAGCGGUGACAGUGUAUCCAUGAAGUCAGAUGAGAAGGAGUUUUCUGAAAAUGAUGAACGGUCAAAUGGGAAAAGUGGAAAGAAAGGAUUUUUCAAGAGCGUCCGAGACAAGAUCAACAAAGGUAUAAAGAGAAGAACAAUUAAGAAUGAAUCAGACCUAACAGGUACUGAUGGUGUAUAUGGUAGAUACAUCCAUGGUUCGGCUAUUUCGCCAAGUGAUGGGGUAGACGUAGAUACCUGCCGACCAGAGACAUCCGAUGACAUCCUGGACAAGUACCGUAAGAAGGCAUCGAGCGAUCCGAUGCUGGAGGAGAGUUCCGACCUGACUGACUCGGCGUACCAGAGUCAGAGCAAGGAGGACAAGCUGGCGUCGCGGGACGAGGAGGACAUGCCCCCCUUCUACGACCCGGCCAACCUUGAGACUUGCUUCGCCUUCCAGGACGCCAAGCGCAAGCUGCGGAUGGUGCUCAGCACAGCUGACUUCCAGCAGGGCAUAAACCCGCUGCACCACCUCCUCACGGACCAGGCCGAGAGUCCGCGGGAAGGGGGUGGGGUGGUGACGGGGCUGAGGAAAGACAACGAACUGAUCACGUUGCUCCGUGCACAGCUGGCUGAGGCCAUCAACCUCCAGAACAAGGACACGGUCGCUCAGCUUCAUGAAGUGAUUCGCUGUAUUCGACAGUUCGACAAUGAUGGGUGUAAGAAACUGGUGAAAGCUUUACGAGAGGAAUACCGCAAUAGAUCGGCAUACAUCUCGUACCUGGUACGCUGUCGGCAAGGCCUCCUCAUGUCUUUGUCUCAUCUGCAACAACUGCUGAAUCGAGCCCAGAGGGACAAGGAGAUAUGCAAUAAACACAUGGUGAAUGUCUGUGUUCGACUGUUUAUUGAGCACCGGGAGAAACAAGUUCUCUACUUCAUAUCGGACUUCCAGAAGCUGACUGUGUCUGAUGAAAAAACCGACCUUGUUGAAAGGUUUCUGCAGUUACUGUAUAAAGAAAUGGAACAGGAUGCAAUAUGGAAGGCUGCGACCCAGGAGCAGAUGGAUGACGCCCGUCUCGCCAUUGAGCGACUGCUGAUGAGUCGGAUCUACACCCACGCCAUGUUCCCGAAUGGUGACGGAGACUUCAUGCGAGACCAAAUCAUUCACCAGCACAUCAAGAAACUGUCUGUAGUGAUCACGCCAGUUCACAAAGACCUGGGAAUCCUUCGCAUGUACCACUUUGAGUGUCCCUGGCCGGCAGCACAGCGCGAGAUAUACAUGAUCAAUGCGUAUAAGACUCCCAAGGACAAGCUCCAGUGUGUUCUGCGCUGCUCGAUGACCAUCAUGAAUCUACUGAGCAUGGCCAACGAGAAGUCGGUACCGGCGGCCGAUGACUUCAUGCCCGUCCUCAUCUUUGUCAUCAUCAAGGCCAACCCCCCAUGUCUGCUGUCCACCAUCCAGUACGUGAACAGCUUCUACGAAAACAGGCUCGGGGGCGAGGAGCAGUACUGGUGGAUGCAGUUUGCCUCGGCCGUCGAAUUCAUUAAGACUAUGGACUAUUCCGAAUAGGGAUGUAGAUAUUAGAGAGGAACUAAUUUAAUUGCUGUUAUAUAUUAAUUAUUGAGGUGCUGUGAAUUAUUUUUGAAUAUUUUGAAGUGGUAUUCAGGGCAUUUUUGGCUUAUAGUAAGCCAAGGUGAUGUAAAACAGGGAUCGAAAAAAUUCAUGUGGGACCAUAGAUUUUUGUACAUUAAAGUUAGCCACUGUCAUAAAACAGU